GUUCAACACGGAGGUGUAAAGCAAAAAUAUUUGUAUCUUGUAUAAAGUAUGUACUAGAAAAGUCAACAUGUGAUUUUGUUUUCGCGCAUUCUUGUUCAGGAUUUGGUUUGCGGAAACCGCCCUAUCCUGUGGAGCAAUUUCUACUUUUCUUUGAACAAAUUUAUACACAAGAGUUUCAUGCUUUCACAUACUAGAAGUACACCUAGGUACCAUCGAAGUACAGUACGGUGUACUACUAUGCAUGUGAAGAAACUUGUUUUUCUUAUUCUUUCAACCCCUAAUUGUUUUUGUAAGAUUCUCAUUCGUAUGAAAAUAAAUCAAAAUGCAAAAAUUGUGUCUGUUGCAGACCUCAUUCUUGGCACUGCAACUACUGUUUCAUUUAAUAAUUUCGAGCGAUUUCAAGACCAAGGCAAGAAGAAGAAGAAGCUAUUUUGAAACACGUCGUGCCUGUAGUAGUGUCUGCCACUGAAUACAAAUACAUCCUUUAUUCCCAAUGUAGCAGUCGGCAGUCUUGAGAAGGUUUUUACCUGUGCCGUCGAAAGACCANUUUGUCCCUUCGUGGUUGUCUUGGGCCUCGACCCCGAACGAAAUACUCCCGUCAUUAUCAAUCCUGCGGCGAAGCUGAAAGUUGUGGAGCAUUUGCGGCAGAGAAGCCCUGGCUGUCGAAUUUUGGCGUUUGGGGACAGUCCGCUGGAUAUUCCCAUGUUGCGGGGAGCGGACUACGGCUACGCGCUGGUUGGCACGUCGAAGAGCUUCGCAGCGGAAUUGAAGCGCAGUUCUUGUGGACAUCAGCAGCUUCUGGAUGAGAUGAGUGCUCGUUUUCGUGUGCGCAAGCUGGAUCUCCUGUCAACAUCCUCGAAGAUGAAAACUGCGACGAAUGCGGUGGCCUUGUCCUUAUUUCUACCAGAAGCGACCAUGGACGAAGUCCGGGACCUGGUGUUCCACUGUGGUAUUGAAAACCGUGGUAUGAACUGCAAAUAUGUCUGGGUCUGGGAGAUUCCGAGAUUUGUCAUGCUAGUCUGGCAUGACUCUAAACUCUGUAUUGCGUGUCAACGAAGAGUUCCCCUUGUCUGUCAUGCAAAAACGCAGUUUCUCAUGCGGAGUACGCAACUCUGAACUACGGAAAAACUUGUCAUGCUGGGGAGCGCAUUACAGGGUGCUUAAUAUUCCCUUCCUUGCAUCACAAAUUUCCAGACCCAGACGUAUUUGCAUUGCAUACGUGGUCCGGCGCCGUCACCUCCCAGCACGGUUAAGAAUGGUCCGACGGUCCUCGUCCCAGGCGAUCAAGAAUCUCCAUCUCGCGUUUUCUAUCCAAGAAAAAAACGUUGUUAGUGUAAAUUUGUGGUGCGCAACAUGCAAGAUGAUUGCGUCUGUCAUGCUUGGCGUGCGUCGUAGGGUCCAUUAAAGGGCGUUUUCGCGUACUAUUUGCGCUUGACAGGUUUUUGCUGUCAUGCCAGACAAAUUUGUAAUGCUGUUCCUCCAAAAAAGUUACACCUACAAUGUUUUUUUCUUGGAUAUUUUUCGUGCCAGCAGCACUGGUCCUCGUGCGACCGCGGCGAAUAAAGACAGUCUAGGAGAAAAAUUCGUUGAGCCUGCCAUGCAGCGUUCCCGGACCGGAAUUAUAUCGGCGAAGACGUGUGCAUCUUCUUCUAAAGCUUUGUGGAGUAAGACUGUCCGUAAUUGUUCCACUUCCGGUCGUGGUCCACCAGCUAUGACGAGCCAAGAUUUCGAUUUCUUCGCGCUGUGUUUUGACGGGUCAACCCUGCCUUCCAGCCAAAUUUUGGCGACGAAGAUGCGCGACGCGGCAAACGCCGGGCCGGCCUUGGGCGCUAUCCACACCGAGGUCGGGAAAUACUUGGCGCUGAAGAUGCUGGAUUGUUUUGGGGACGAGUUUUUGGGAAUGUGCGAUAUCAAGCAUGUGCAGGUACGUAAGGAAGUUUCUUUUUUGUCGCAUUGUGCAUAUAGUAGUUCUUGGGACGACCACCAGCAGGCCUUGAGCCAGUCGAAAUUUCCUCUCACCGAAUGCAGUACUAUCAUGAUCACCUGCCUCCAUGUAGGUCGACCUCGUCUUGCAGUACUGGAAACAAACAUUUAAAAAUCGCGCUCUUCAAGAAAAACCUUUACAUCAUUUUCAAACAGGGGCAUCUUUGUCCCGGUGGAGGUUUCGAACCGGACUUCUCCUUUGGUCAAAACAGCCGGAUGUUGAAAAAAGCCAGCAUUCUCGCCAUUAUGCGAGCCGGUAAGUACAUGGCAGACGGGGUUUAUGACAUCCUCGGCAAGAUGAGCGCCGCGCGCAUCGACUUCCCGCACCAAGCCGGCGAUCUGUUGCCGGAUAAGCACAAUGUCAUCAGUGGGGCGGGCGUGUUUCUUUUGGUGGAUCCGGUGGUGAACAGCGGGGCGACGAUGGUGGAAUUCAUCAAGACCAUUGCCGCGGAGAAGGCGAAGGAGGUGAUCGUGGAGGUGGAGAGAAACAAAAACAAAAACAAAAGUUCUACUUUCCCUGACAACUUCAACUCGACAAACCAACAAAACGAAAACACGAGGACUAGAAACGAAAUCAGAAUCCUGAUGCUGACCGGCGUCGUGCAGGCGGCGACUUUGAACGAAAACAGCGAAUUCAGGAAACAGAUCAAGCAGAUUCAGGAGGAAAACGCACGGUCUACUUCAGCGUGGUUGGUUGUAAAAGUGUAUUUGUUCACCCUUCGCGUUUCGGAGAACCAGUACAAUGGGGUGGGUGGGACUGAUACGGGGAACCGCCUGUUCAACACGGAGGUGUAAAGCAAAAAUAUUUUUAUCUUGUAUAUGUUGUACUAGAAAAGUCAACAUUUGAUUUUGUUUUCGCGCAUUCUUGUUCAGGAUUUGGUUUGCGGACACCGACCUAUCCUGUGGAGCAAUUUCUACUUUUCUUUGAGCAAAUUUAUACACAAGAGUUUCAUGCUUUCACAUACUAGAGGUACCAUCGAAGUACAGUACGGUGUACUACUAUGCAUGUGAAGAAACUUGUUUUUCUUAUUCUUUCAACCCCUAAUUGUUUUUUGUAAGAUUCUCAUUCGUAUAAAAAUAAAUCAAAAUGCAAAAAUUGUGUCUGUUGCAGACCUCAUUCUUGGCACUGCAACUACUGUUUCAUUUAAUAAUUUCGAGCGAUUUCAAGACCAAGGCAAGAAGAAGAAGAAGCUAUUUUGAAACACGUCGUGCCUGUAGUAGUGUCUGCCACUGAAUACAAAUACAUCCUUUAUUCCCAAUGUAGCAGUCGGCAGUCUUGAGAAGGUUUUUACCUGUGCCGUCGAAAGACCAAAAACGCACUAGAUACCAGCUUUCAAAGACGAUUAACGUACGUAGAGUUACUUCGC